UCCUCUCUUACGUGCGUUGGCUUGGUCAGCUAGAGAAAUUGCCGCCAUCAUGAUGAACAGCGGUGGAAUCGGGGUCCCCCUCGGCUUUCCUUUAACUCCUACUUCGGUUAUUCAAGUCACUAAUUUAUCCUCCGCGGUUACUAGUGAGCAGAUGCGGACGCUGUUCGGUUUCCUAGGUGACAUUGAGGAGUUGCGCCUUUACCCUCCGGACAAUGCACCACUCGCUUUUUCCUCCAAAGUAUGUUAUAUUAAGUUUCGGGAGUCUUCAAGUGUUGGUGUGGCCCAGCAUCUAACAAACACAGUUUUUAUUGACAGAGCUCUGAUAGUUGUGCCCUGUGCAGAAGGUAAAAUUCCAGAUGAAGCCAAAGCCCUCUCUCUCUUGGCUCCUGCCCCAACAAUUACAAGUCUGAUUCCUGGUGGAGGGUUGCUUCCUAUACCAACACCUCCUGUGAGUUCAGUAAGUAAUGCUGGAUGUAAUAAUGCAGCUGAUUCAGUUACAUUUUUGAUAGGAAUUUCCCUUGGUCCACUAGGAGCUAUACCAGCAGCAUCAUUGGAUCAUAACAUUACAGCCAUUGGAGACAUACCCCAGCCACCCAUUAUGGGCAAUGUGGAUCCUUCCAAGAUUGAUGAAAUUAGAAGGACUGUAUAUGUUGGAAACCUGAAUUCCCAGACUACAACAGCUGAUCAGUUGCUUGAGUUUUUCAAGCAAGUUGGAGAAGUAAAGUUUGUGCGGAUGGCAGGUGACGAAACCCAGCCAACACGCUUUGCCUUUGUGGAAUUUGCUGACCAGAAUUCUGUACCUAGAGCUCUUGCCUUUAAUGGAGUUGUGUUUGGAGACAGACCAUUGAAAAUAAAUCACUCCAAUAAUGCAAUAGUGAAGCCGCCUGAAAUGACACCACAAGCUGCUGCAAAGGAGUUGGAGGAAGUGAUGAAGAGAGUACGGGAAGCUCAGUCUUUUAUAUCAGCUGCUAUUGAGCCAGAGUCUGGAAAGAGCAAUGAAAGAAAAGGUGGUCGAUCACGUUCCCAUUCACGUUCAGAAUCCAGAUCUAGUUCAAAAUCUCGAAGGAAAAGAUCACACUCAAAACGCAGGAGUAGAUCCCGUGAUAGAUCACGCUCUAGUCAAAAGGACAGACGCAGAUCCAAAAGUCCAUCCAAAAAACGUUCAAAGUCUAAAGAACGCCGAAGAUCAAGAAGCAGCUCUCCUUCUCGGGAGAAGAGAAAAGAAAGCAAAGAGAGGAUUAGAGAAAAAGAGAAGAUUAGAGAGAGAGACCGAGAUAAAGAAAAAGAGAAGGAUAGAGGUAGAGAAAAGGAUAGGGGCAUGGAAAAAGAUAGAGGCAGAGAAAAGGAUAGAGGGAGAGAGAAGGAGAAGGAGAAGACCAAGGAUAGAGAGAAGGAACGAAUGAAAGAUAGGGAUAAGGAGCGAGAAAAAAACAAAGAGAAGGAGAAAGAAAAAGAAAAAGAGAAGGAGAAAGUAGCAGAUAUGGAAAAAGAUAAGAGAGAAGAUUUGGACAAAGAAGGAGAAAAGGAAAAGAGAGAGACAGAAGGAGACAAAAAGAAGGAUGACAAAGAACAUGUCAGAGAAAAGGAGGAACACAAAGAUAAAGGAAAGGAGGGAGAGAGGGACUAUGAAAGAGACAAAGAAGGGGUGAAGGCAAAAGACAAAGAAAGAGACCGAGACAGAGAAAGAGAUGAAAAAAAGAAAAAGGAGAAGAGAUCUAAAACACCCCCUAGAAGCUAUAGUUCCUCAAGAAGAUCACGUAGUUCUAGCAGAGAUCGAAGGAAGAGGAAGAGUCGAAGUCCUUCAAAGUCUCCCAGAUCGUCCAAAAUCACAAAAAGGAAAUCAUCUAGGUCUCCAUCUCCAAGGAGAAGCAAGAAAGAGAAAAAGACAGAGAAGGAGAGAGAUAUAAGUAAUGAUCGAAGAGAGAGGGAGAGGUCUACCUCAAAGCAAAAGAGUAGUAAAGACAAAGAGGUCAAACAAAAAUCAGAUAAAACCACAAUUGUGAAGGAUAAAGAACUCAGUAAAGAGAAUAAAAAUUCUGAAAUCCAUAAAGCAGCAGUGGAAGAGGAGACAACAAUUGCAGCAGAAAUGGAACAACAACAGAAUGGGAAUUGCCAACCAAAUGAAGAAACAAUCUCAGUUAAAACUGAAGAUGUGUAGAAUGUUGAUUGGACAUUUGACCCAUUUUGCAAAAGAAACAAGACUUUUUCUCUGAUCUCAAAAAUCCAUCAAAAGAGGAUAAAAAAUUAUUAAGCAAUCAACUGGACAUACCAAAUUGUGCUAGCAGCUAUUCCAGUCUUAAUGGUUUGGUCAGUUUGAGGACACACAAGAAGCCAAGGCUGACCAAUAGGAUAUGCUAUGACAAAACCAAACAGCAAUGGUCAAAUUGUAAAAUAAAAAGUGGUUGCAGUCUACUAUCCUGAAAAGCUACACAGAGAUACAUUUGGAAGUUGUUAAAAUAUUUGUAGGUUGAUAAAUUUUGUUUUUCUUAUGGUUUUAAAACUAAACUCCACGUGAUAUGUUUUGAUGAUGUGCUUGGAAAUGGUGCAGAAAUAAACAUAUUUCCCUUGAUGUUGUAAA